AUGGGUAUACGUUCUGAAUUAUGGCCAGAUAGCAACGAGAAGUAUCUUCCUGCAUCUUUCAAGCUAACAACUAGUGAGAAAGAUACAUUUCUUGGUAUCUUAAAAGGCGCAAGGCUCCCAGAUGGUUUUUCAUCUAAUAUCUCAAGGUGUAUUGAUCUAAGGCAGCGUAGAAUGCAGGGACUAAAAAGUCAUGAUUGUCACGUGAUUAUGGGUCACUUGUUACCCAUUGCUAUUCGUAAUGUGUCAUCACCAAAUGUGACUUCUGUCAUAACAGAAUUUUGUCAGUUUUUCCGAGAGAUAUGCUCCAAGGUGGUGGAUGUAAAUGAGCUAGUUAAUCUCCAAAAGCAAAUUGUGAUUAUAUUAUGUCACAUGGAGAUGCUGUUUCCUCCUUCUUUCUUCACGGUGAUGAUACAUCUGACCAUUCAUUUGACUGAAGAAAUAAAGCUUGGUGGUCCUGUCCAGUUUCGUUGGAUGUAUCCAGUGGAAAGGAUCCUAGGAAAAUUCAAAUCAUAUGUCAUAAAUCAUGCACAACCUGAAGGAUCAAUAUGUCAACAAUAUAUGGCUGAUGAGUGUCUGACAUUUUGCUCAAUGUAUCUUGAUGGGAUAGAGACAUGCUUCAACCAAAUUGGAAGAGUAAAUGAUCUUCCAAUGUCUUCACAUAAUUUCAGAGAAAGCUCAAAAAAUCCGAUAGUCUUUCCAUCCCUAGGGAGAUGUAAUGGUGCUAGUCAAUAUGCAACACUAAGUCUCAUGGAGAAACAACAAGCUCAUCGCUAUAUCUUGAUCAGCUGCCCAUUUCUUGAUGAAUUGCGACAGAAGUAUAAAGAUGAGUUAAGAAGAACUCAUACUCGUGGUAGGAGAAGACGCUAUACAUUAGAUGUAGAUAGAGAAGUUCAUCUUAGGUUUGACAAGUGGCUUAGAGAGAAAGUAGAAAAGGAUGAGACUGAUGGUAUUAGUGAGGAUAUCCGAUUACUUGCUAAAGGUCCAAGUGACAAAGUGUUGAAGUUUUCAUCAUAUUGCGUGAAUGGAUAUAAGUAUAGAACUCUAGAAAGGGAUUCUGAUUUGAAAACUCAGAAUUGUGGAGUUUAUGUUUCUGCCGAGACCAUGAGCUAUGCUUCUUCUCGUGAUAACAAUCCAAUGGCUGGUAAUGUUCCCUACUAUGAUACACGUGAUAGUCGUGGAUACAGAAGAGAUGGUCUUGGUAAUAAUUUGGUGAAUUUUUCACGUAUUAUACAUAGUGGUGAAAGUGAGGAAGAUGAACCAUUCAUAUUAGCCUCUCAAGCAAGAAUGGUAUACUAUGUUGAAGAUCCAAGUGAGUAUGGCUGGAAUAUGGAUGGCAUUGAUUCUCAUGUCGAGGAAACACAAGAUGUGAAUCAAAAUCAGAUAUAUACACAAGGACGAGAGCGUGGAAAGUGGGUGGUAAAUGUUAUAGAUUCAGAUUCAAAUGUAACAGAGGAACGUCUCACUGCAAAAGAUGUAUGGGGAAUGGAAAAACGAAGAAUCAUUCUAGAGUUUGGUCCACAUGAUCAACCUGAUGGAGGAAGUGGUGGUAUAUUUGCUACAUGGCUUGGCAUGUUGAGUACGGAUCUGACCAAGUUUCCCAUAAAUUAUGAUGAUUGGAGGAAUGUACAACAAUGGCGAAAGGAUGAUGCUUGGGACUACAUUCAGACUAAGUUUUGUUUUGAUAGUUCAAACAAAAACUAUAAAGACUUUGUGAUGAAGAGCUUGAGUAUGAAGUGCAAAAGUUUAAAAACUCGUCUAUGGGAACAUUUGGGAAGGAACAAUCCUGAAGAAACUUUACAGCUCCGCCCUGACUUUGUUCCAAAAGAACAGUGGCAAGACUUUGUUUAUAUGCAGUUUAGUGAGAGAACUAAGAAUUUGAGAGAACAAAACAAGAUAAGCAGGAGCCAUUACAAGACACCUCAUACUUUAGGGAAGAAAAGCAUUUCUCGAAAGUCGAAAGAAAUUUUUCUUAAGACGGGGAAACGUCCAAGUCGUGCAGAAAUCUAUGUGAGCUCACGCCAAAAAGCUAAUGGAGGAUAUGUUAAUGAAGAAGCUCGUGAUUUAUCGGAAAAAUUAACAGAGAAGAUGGUUCACACUAUAGAAGAUGGUUCAAGUAAAGAUGAUGAAUUCUCUCAAGUUUUUGGCCCCGAACAUCCAGGUCGUGUUUGUUGUGUUGGGCUUGGUCCUACUCCUUCAUCUUUCUUCAAGAAUCGCAUCUCCUAUGAAACAGAAGUGGGCAUAGAACGUGAAGAUGACAGGAUUAUAAGGUAA